UCAGUAAAAUGUAAACCUAUUUCUUCUACCGCUAGGUGCUUGUAUGACUGGUUGUGUGUUUGUAGAUGGCGCAGUAGUUUGUCCCUGUAAGCUUGCCAUACUUUCACAUGACUUCCACUACGUGACUGACCCGCAUUCCUCAAUUGGCACUAGCUCUGUCAGACUGACUCACUUUAGAGGCGAAUUGAACCUAUACAGUGGAUGAAAACAUUAUCUGCAGUGUGCUGUGAUACGUAAUAGCUGUUUUUGUUAACUUGUCCGAACAGCUAGUCGUCGGAGGAUUUGUAACAUUUCAGCUAAAAUCUUCACUUCUACUUUUUUGGCAUCUUCAGCGCGUCGGGUAGGAAAUACAUGGAUACAAGAUAACUGAUGACUGAGCUACAUUUAGCUUUUUCUGGGCUUCGUGUCGGUGAUGGCUGAGCUCAUGCCGCCAGAAUCAAGAAGGUGUAAUUAUUUCUUCCUUUAUGAUGGAACCAGAGUCAGAGGAGAGGGGGACCCUACAAGAGAGGGAAUCUGCUACUUCUACCCUGAAGAGACUCCUUUAGAUAAGCAAGAGCUGCUCUGUGGUCAGCUGGCUGGUGCAGGACGUUGUGUCUCUGAACUCUCCAACUCUCCUGUUCGCAUACUGAGGCUGCGCCGCAACAAGUUUGCCAUCCGUAUGAAAGGUGACUUCUUUUGGGCUCUGGGCUGCUCAGUGGAAGUCCCCACCGUUAGUGUCUGUGAACUCCUGGAUCAGCUCAUAAACCUCUUUUGUUUCUACAAUGGCCCGGUCCGACAAAGCUACCAGCGGAACAAUCAGGAAACCCUGGCUGCUCGGUGGGCGCAGUACCUCUCACACCUGCAGUCAGGAUCCUCAGAGCUUCAACACAUCUUCAGCUGCUUGAGAACCAUUGACUCAACUAAUGUUGACCCACUUCUCUUGCUCAAAGCUGCCCUCAUUCUUCAGGCCUGUCAGCGCUGCCCUCUGGUGUUAGCAGGCUGUAUUCUCUUCAGAGGAAGAGUUGUAAGCACACAGAUGUCUCCAGGUCUCACAAUGAAGGUGGCAGUUCAUGAGAGUGAAACAUACACAAAGAGACCCAAUGGACCGAGCGCCUUCAGCUCAUUUGGCGGUGCUGUCAGCUCCACUACUGUGUUCCUGACUCUGUCUGAACAUCAGUACCUGCAGUCUGCUCCCAUCGACAAGCACAGUUCUCAUUCUACUCCACACAAAAACACCACCAUAAGGAAGAUGCGGCUUUCAAGAACGUUAUCUGACACUCCCUCCACUGAGUCAGAGCCAUCUGAUCCAGGUUCCUCCCAGUCCCCCCAGAAGGUUUCCUUCAGCCCUUGCUUGUCAGACAGCCCCGUGUUCAGCCCAGAUCCAUCCCAGAGCUCCGCCAAUCCACUUGAGACUCCUUUUUCAAACGGAAAGCACUCCAGUGAAGGUGAGGAGGAGGCUCUGGAAGAGUCAUAUUAUCACAGUUUUCACAGCAACGGAGGUGGAGGCAGUCCGAUACAUAACGAAGAAGACAGCUCAGUGUGUGGAGAAAACUCCCGUCUGAAUGGAGUUGGAGGUGGAGACGCAGCUUGUGGGACAGUGUUUGGGAAUUCACAUGAUGAGAAGGUUUGGGAAGAGAGCAGCAGAAGUGGCUGUGAGAGAGUUCAGGAGGCAGAGAGAGCAGAUCCUCCUCCCUGCUCUAGUGCUUUUGAAGACCCGGAGGAGAGUCCACUGAUCCCCAUGACCCUGUACCUGCACCGGGUUAAAGGCCUGGUCCUGGCUCUGCUGGUGGAGCCACACUUCUUGAGUGACACGGCUUCUAUGGAGGAAGUGUAUCACAGCAGCCUGGCGUCACUCAACGGACUGGAGGCCCACUUGAGGACCAUCUCUCCAGGGGCCCCAGGGGCUCCAGGACCCUACAUCUUUGCCCAUUUUGACAGCAUUCAGUGCACGCUGACAUCCAACCUGUCUGGUCGACCAGGGGGAGCCCCGGAGCGUCCCUUUGUCAGAGCCACAUCACUUCUUCACUCGCAUUUCUGUAACACUGAAACUCUGCAGGAGGCUAUUAUCAGGAGUGCUGGAGCUGCAGUGUAUGGAACCCGCAGCGUGGCCCAGGAAACUUACUUCCAGCAGCACGGGGGAUCGCUGAGGAACUCCGGCAUCCCUAACCACCAGGACAGUGCUUUCUUACUGCCCAGCAAGGCCCGACACAGACUGCUGAAACACGGAGUUAACCUGCUCUGACGGGACGCCAGUGUUCAAGAGGAGCUUGAUUUUGUUAAAAUAUGAAGUGAGUAACUUUUAAAUCAACUCAGAAAUAUUGAGAAUCUGAUUUAAAGCUUCUUCUGUUUUGUCACUGCCGUUAAGGUUCAUGCAAGGUCUUGGAAGUUCGAAAAAUGCUUACCGUUAAGUUUUCAAGAUUAGGAAUAUGCUUGUAUUUCAAUAUACUCCUUGGAAAAAUGCUUUUCAAAAAAAUGCUUUUCAGCAUAAUCCGUUGCAGAUUUUUGAUAUUUAAAAGCUGUCUGUUCGUUGACACCAUUAAACAGUCACUCAUCUGUCAGCGUUCAUAGAGAUAUAAGUCCCUUGUUGAUCCCUUAUCCUGGAAGUUAGAAGGCAUUAAAUAAUCAUAAUCAAAACAUUGAAAGUUAAUAUUAACAGCUGGUAAAAUAAACAAGUGGCAAUAUACAUUGAUAGCUCUGGGUAUAAUAAGGAAUUUUGUGAACUUUAUUUUCACAGUUACAUUACUUGUAAUUUAAAUGUGACAAUAAAGGCAUCAAAAGCCUGUAAAGUUUUGGUUUUAGCACCUUGAAAGUGCUUCAAAAGUGCCUGAAUUUCAAUCUUCUUUAUAAAGAAAAGCCUGUUCCCACAGCAGAUUGUGUGAAGUUAGCAUAAACUGUGCUAUGAAACCUUAUGGUACUCACAUUUAUAGCAGAACUUUUUCUGUAAAAAGUUUAAUAUUCAUAAACACCAGAGAGGAGGGUUAGUAAAUUAAAUUUUGUUUACAAGGUUUUUAAUCACAGUUUCCUUUAUUUCUCUGCGUUUUUUUAGCUCAACUGGUCACACACACAUUAUUUUUUGUAUCCAAGCACAAUUUUAUUUCUUAUUAUAAGCACUUGUUUACACACAUUUUCCAACUUUCCAACAGAUAUUUUCUGUUUAGUCACAUCCUUAAUGCGGCAAAUGUAUGUAUUUAUGCAUUUAUUAGGAAAUUUAGAUUACAGCCAAAUUAAACCUUUAUACUAUAUAACUUUUGUACAGAAUCAUGCUUUCAUUGCUGCACACACUGUACAAGUGUAUUAGUUUAUUUCACAGAUAUAUAAAAAAUAAUCUCAAAUAGCUUUUAUAAAAAUGUCUAUUUAUUGCAAAUCAACUGCGUUAUAACUAUUUGCCUUUAGGUUUUUUUUUCAUUGAAAGUGUCGUUAAAGAAAGUCUGUAUUGUGCAGUUUGCUCUGAAGAGACCCUCUGUGAUACACUGUAGUGCAUUAUUAGUGGAAUUAAAUGAAUACAUGAUCCUCUCAC